AAACACCAAAUCCUCAAACCAAAUCCAUUCUUCCAAACCCUCCCUCAAAAUCUAGUUCCAACUUCAGCAAACAGUUCUCUCCAGCUUGAACUGCACAGCGACAUGGCAAGUCUCGUGCCAUUUUUGGGCCUAGUUCCAGCUUUAGCACUGGCUUUAACAGCCCUAGUUCUGCCAGUUCAUGCUCAAAUCAGCACCGCUUGCUCAGCUUCCAUGCUCAAUGGCUUCACUCCUUGCCUCAGGUUCAUCACCAGUGGCUCAAAUACCACUUCACCAACAUCCGACUGCUGCAGUGCAGUCAAGACUGUUAUAAGCAAUGGCACAGAUUGUCUGUGCCUUAUUGCAACCGGGAAUGUUCCCUUUCAAAUGCCCAUCAACAGGACCCUGGCCAUCUCCCUACCUCGCGCCUGUAAUAUGAGUGUGCCUGUCCAGUGCAAAGCCUCUUCUGCUCCUAUCCCAGCUCCAGGUCCUAUCGCCCUUACUCCGGCUCUGUCUCCCGAAGCUGCACCGGAGGCUGACACAACUCCGGCCCUCACACCAGCAGACUCAGAAGUUCCGGCUGCCAGUGCAGGAAGCCGGCCAGUUCUGACACCGUCAUCCGCCAGGCCCUCCCGCAGCUUUUCGCCAUCUCUGACUCUUGCUCUGCUAGGAGCUAUGGUUCUGAAGUACUAUUAUUAAUUUGCUCUGUGUCUCUCCACACAUGUAAUUGCGAGCGUUUGUCUGUCUGUGGGAAGUUUUCUUUUAGGGAAAGAUUCUUUUCGAGGUUGUGAAAUUUAUUUGGGCUUCUUGUUCACAUUAUUGAGAGAGGUAUUGCCGAAUUCCUGUAGAAUAAUAAGUCUUUACCAUGAAUAAAACAUUUUUUUUGGUACUAGAGAGUAUAU